AUGUAUGGGCCAGAGUCGGCGGCUCGCGCCCGCCUCGUCAUCACGACCGCCGAUGAGGCCGGCACCGCGCACUUUGUGCUCAAGUGGCGCAUCCCCGCCUGGACCGACCCGACUGCCGCGCUGGUCAAGGUGGAUGGCAGGAAUGCGAGCUGCGUGCCGCCGGCCCCAGUGGAAGGUGUCGCGGACUCCGGUGCCCAGGCCUUUUACUGUGACCUGGGCCCCGAAUGGAAGAGUGGCGACGUGGUCGAGUCGUUCUUCCCCUUCAAGUCACGUGUGGAGAGCAUCAAUGACCAGCGCCCGGAGAACUCCCGCCUCAAGGCCGUCUUGGUUGGGCCCUGGGUCAUGGCAGGUGUCACGGAUGGCAAACGCAACAUCACCGCCGACCCGAGAUCCAUCGACACCCUGCUGAGCAUGCCGUCCAGCGCCGACCUGGUGUCCCUCAGGCCUUUCACCCUGGAGCGCGGUACGCAGAAUGAGGGUCCCAUCCUCCUCACCCGCCACGCGGCCAACGCCACGCUGCUGGCGGUCCCGCACCCGCAGUCCCCCUCUCGCGCCGCGGCCAUGGAUGCCACCUUCCGCCUGGUUCCUGGUGCUGAUGGGGCGUGCAGCGACGGCAGCCAGGGCGUGGAGGGCGGGCCCCUCUUGACCCCGGGCAGGUGUGUGAGCCUGGAGCCCAUGGGUCAUCCGGGGCAGCGCCUGCGUCAGCAGCACGACGGCAGCCUGACCGUGGUGGCAGGCGCCGGCGCCGGAGUUUCGCCCUCUGUGUUCACCGUCGCCGCCUGCAGUGAGCCUGGAAACCUGUGCCUGCUGGGCGCGUCGGCCGGGGACAAAGCCGGCGCGUCCCCCAGCAUCCACCUGCUGGCGCCCGCAGCGCCCCAAUACCCUCUGGGGUCUAGGGUGCUGAAGGGCCUGGACUCGCAGUACCUCCUCGUCCCCAUUGGCCAGAUCAUCGACGAGCACUACACCACCUACUUUGAGUUCCUGGACCCGCCCGCGGCAGUCAGCAUGUGA